GGUGUUGUUAAGGACAUUUAUGUUCAGUCCAGAAGCGUGAGAUCCAGAACGUAAUACCUGUUGUUCACUGCACUCAGUGCUGCUCCUUUAACAAUACCUUCUCAUUCUCUACUGUAUUUUCCAUUCCUUCUUUUUUCGGUCUGAAUUAAAGCGAGGCAUUCAUGUGGACGGUGACAACACCGUCAUCGUCGUAAGGAAAUUUCAAAACCGAUCGCUUCUGAUGUGCUGCAAGUGGGAGUUUUUUUUUUUUUUUUCCUGCAACAGGAAGUGAUCUGCGGCGUUGAGUGAGUCUUUUGUUGAGAAGGGUUCUGUCUCUCUCUCUCUCUCUCUCUCUCUCUGCGAGUGAGUCAUGCGUGUGCACAGAUCUGCCAGGCUGCAGAGCGAGAGAGAGACAUCUCCUUCAUAAAGCUCGUUUCUCCUCUGUUGCCCGAAAGCCAUCGCUGAAAAGGAGCGUCAACUUACUUCCCUCUGUUGUUCCUCUGGGGUUUUUUUUUGUUUUGCUUUUUUCUCUCCUCCCAUGGAUUGUUUGAGUUGUGGUAUAUUUCUGGCCCCUGGUGUGGCCUAGUGUGUGUCAGGGGGUUUCGUAGUUUUUUUGUUUUUGUUUGAGCAGCUACUCAAGGUAGUCGCCGUCACCACCAGCACCACAACUGGUUCCGUAGCUCCAGCUCGGCACUCGAAGGGAGCGAAGGACGAACUCUUGUACUUUUCCAUCCGUGUGGGUUUAUUUUUUUCGGCUCAGACAUGCCAGAGGAGCGGUCGGCGAGCACGGCGUCGCUGGAGCCCAUGCGCGCAUAGGCACACGGAGCUGGGGGCAUGCUGCAGCGCGCCAAGUACAACCGCUUCCGCAAUGAGUCGGUGACAUCUGUCGAUGAGCUUCUGCUCCACGGCCUUCCCAUGAACGCCAAGGUGCCUGCUGGCGCCCCGGUGCCUGCUCCGGAGCCACCGUACGCGCCCGCUGCCGAAGCCCCACCCCCCGAAACGGCCGAGGACUCAGGCACCGCCCUGUGCACCCUCAUCAACAAGGUGUCCAGUCUUAAAUUCGCCAACACCUCCGGCCUGCUGGGCAUCAAAGGCCUGCCGUCGGCAGUCAAGGACCUGGCUGUGUCCAAACUUCAGGGAGGAGGUGGUGGUGGUGGAGGAGGAGGAGGGGGAGCAGGAGGAGGGUCCUCGGGUAGCCCGGCAUCUUCCUCCAGCCUCUCGGCGGCCACUGGGGGCAUCUCGUGCUCUUCCGCCACCUCUGGCCACCACGAGCCCGGCUCCAUGAGCACCGGGAAGAAGGGAAGGAUGGAAGAGGCGCAGCCUGGCGCAGAGGACUGGCACGCAGGUGGUGUGGGUGGCACCGGUGGAGAAUGCGCAGGCCUGGUGAAUAAACCCUCACGAGGAUGGCUGCACUCCAGCGACAAGAUCGCCGGACCCGGAGUGACGUAUGUUGUAAAGUAUUUGGGCUGCAUAGAAGUGCUUCGGUCCAUGAGAUCCCUCGACUUCACUACAAGAUCCCAAAUAACAAGGGAGGCCAUCAGUUUGGUAUGUGAAGCAGUACCUGGCACCAAAGGAGCACUGCGCAAGAAAAAGCCCCCCUCGAAAGCUCUCUCGAGCAUUUUGGGGAAAAGUAACCUGCAGUUUGCUGGCAUGAGCAUCAACCUGAACAUCUCCAUCAGCAGCUUAAACCUGAUGACCCCCGACUCCAAACAGAUAAUAGCCAAUCACCAUAUGCAGUCGAUAUCCUUCGCCUCGGGUGGAGAUCCGGACACGACCGAUUUUGUCGCUUACGUGGCUAAAGAUCCAGUGAACCGCAGAGCAUGUCAUAUUCUGGAAUGUUCCGACGGUCUGGCCCAAGAUGUGAUCAGUACGAUAGGGCAGGCGUUUGACCUGCGCUUCCAGCAGUACCUUCAGUGUCCCUCCAGCAAGCUGUCAGCUAUACACGAUAGGGUAAUGAGUGUAGAGGAACCUUCAUGGACUGAGGAAGGAGAAGAGCCUCCUGAUCACUCAUAUUAUAACAACAUCCCUGGCAAGAUGCCCCCUCCUGGCGGCUUCAUCGAUGCACGGUUGACCAGUCAGACAGCAGAGAGCAGCCAGGGGGCUGGAGUAGACCAGAUGUACUACCAAGGCAGGCCUAUACUUGUCCAACAAGGAUCUUGUGACAUAUACAGUUUGCCCGAGGUCAAAGGUCAAAGCCCCAAGCUGGGCGAGGUUCCUACAUAUGUGAACACGCAGCACAUCGAUCCACAGGUGCUGGCCGCGCUCCAGGGGGAGUCUGAGGCACCAUGUGAACCAUGUGGGGGCGUCACAGCCAGGGACAGUCCCAGGAAAGACCUCUUUGACAUGAAGCCGUUUGAAGAGGCGAUCGUGACUCAGUCCCCGUCAUCCUCAGUGUCCGUGUUGAACAAGGCGUCGUCGGUGGAUAACUGCAGCCCGGUGCUGACGCGCUCGGCCCUGCGCUCCCUCCCCGAGCUCGAGCAGCAGAGCUGGUACCACGGAGAGAUGAGCCGCCACAACGCCGAGAAACUCCUGCGCAACGACGGAGACUUCCUGGUGCGCAAAAGCACCACCAACCCGGGCUCAUACGUGCUGACGGGCAUGCACAACGGCCUCGCCAAGCACCUGCUGCUCGUCGACCCGGAGGGCACGGUACGGACUAAAGAUCACAUAUUCGAAAGCAUCAGCCACCUGAUCGGCCACCACCGCGACAACAACCUGCCGAUCGUCUCGGCGGGAAGCGAACUGUGUCUGAAGCAGCCCGUCGAAAGGAAACAGUGAUGACAUCGCCUCGUAAAGAGUAAAUAAACAAGCAAACUGCACAGUGGGAACAGGGUCGACCCUGAGACCUGAUACUUGAAGACGAGCGUGAGUAACGGGCGCGCGAAGACGGCGACGGACGUGGUUCGGUUUAACGGCGACACCGUUUCUCCGCUCGCUUCUGGACUACGUGAAAGAGAAAAGGAACCGCCCGAUUUGUAGAACUGUUCUAAUUAUUUUGUUGUGACGACUGAAAUUCUAUAUUUUUUGAGACGACAUGGGUGCAUUUGGGCUUUUCAGUGUUUUAGACUCAAAAGGCGAGAUGACUGCGAACUCUACGCGAGAUAAGAUUAAACACAAAGUAUUUUAGAAUAACUUAAAAAGAAAAAAAGUUUUAGUUUUAUCUAUUAAGCACAACCAGAUUUACAUGUUUGUUGGUAAGAGUUAGACGAGAUACAAAUAUUUGAGGAAACAAACAAACAAACAAACAAACAAAAAAAGUUGUUUAUAUCGAACUAUUUUAGAAAUCGUUCUUUAACUGCAGCUAGUGCCAGUGGCAGGUCGUAUGAUCCCAUCAGAUCACUGUUGGGUCUGCUUUUAUGGAGGAAGAUAUCGGUGUUCUUGCUUAAACCGUAGACACACACACACACACACACACACACACACACACACGGCUUUAAAGUACUGAAACUUUUCUAUGAUGUUGAAUCCUGUGGCAGCGCACUCGCAUGACUUGAAAAAACAAAAAAACAACAACAAAAAAAAAAAACGUUAAUUGUUCUCGUGGUCAUCGUUUGUAGCCCUCAAAGCCCACUGACAGGUGCUUGUGUAUGCUAACGAUGUACAAUAUUUAUGCUUUUAUUCCUAAUAUUAAUGAUUGAAUUUGGUUCCUUCUUUGAACUUGUAAAAAGGUGUGUAGUUAAUUAAUUAUGUUCAGGCCUUCUUUUUUUACCACGAUGGAUGUUUUUAUUUGUUUUUAUUAUUAUUAUUAUUUUACAGCUUUUCACGGCUUGAUUGUGGGCUUUCAAUACACACACACGCAGAGGUUGAUAUCAUUUUAAUUAUGUAAUUAAUAGCACAAACAAUACAUAAAUCCGGAUUUGUUUUAAAAAAAAGUGCAUAUUAACAAAAUUAUUUUUUUUAACAUGAUCAGUGA